AUGCUCGUUAAGGACGAACAGCUGACAAUUACGCAGGCGGAAUGGUUUACGAAUCUGUUUGAUAUCUCUGAUGUACAGAACUAUAACUCCAACUGUCAAGCAGCGGAGACAUCUAGCCAUUCAACCGUCUGGCUUUUCUACGUCUUCGCAAUGUCUUACGACUUCGUCAUGCUUUGCACCUCGACAUUCUAUCUACUCCGGUACACACCACCGUCUGGCAGGAUGACCCGUCUGGUGAAGUUGAUGUUUUUUGACGGCCUAGGAUUUUUCGUGAUCCUGACUGCCGUGAAUGUCUUCAAUCUAAUUUUGUUCAGAACAAGCGAUAAGUUGACACAGGCAUCUGGAACAUGUCUCGGAGAGGCAUUGACAUGGAUAAUGAGCCAGAAAAUCCUCAUUCAUUUACGAGACGCGGCCGCCGACCACCAUCGCAGCACGCAAGUAGUCUCAAGACCACCCCACUCCCCACGCUCCGUCUCGCACGCGAUGCGCUCGCAAUUUGAUUCCAAAGACAGCACGGACGACGAGUUCAACCUCUCACGGACGCCCGCACCCGACGGUCUGUCAGUCACGGACAUCGUGCGCAACUUGAGCGAUGUGGAGCUAGAUGUAGAGGUGCAAGUCGGGCACAGCGUCACGGUGGAGUGUGACCCAGAGGCGUGCCCAAACGAGCCGUAUCGCGGCGUAGUAUGGUCGGGCGACGGAACGCCAACAGCCAAGGAAGACACGGCAUGCUAA